UGGCGCGCCUGCGCGCUGCCGUCCGCCCCUCGCCGUGAGAAGGAGGAGGUGGAGGAGGAGGCGGCUGGGGAGAGCGAGCAGCGAGCUGGAUCGCAGAGAGCGGAGCGCGAGUGAGGGAGCCGAGCCGCCCGCCGCCCGCCGCCCCCCGCCGCCGCCGCCGCUGCCGCCGCCGCCUCCCCUCCGUAAGCAGGAGCCCCGGCCGGGGCCCGGCGCGCCGCCCCAGCCCCGCCCUCGUCGUCAGGCCGCGAGGGCAGCGCGAGCGAGCGAGGGGGAGGGCGAGCGAGCGAGCGCCGGGAGGAGGCGGCCGGACCGACGAGCGCCCGCGCGUGUGGCGUGAGGGGAGGCCGCCUGCCCGCCCCCUUCGCCUUCCCUGCUCUCCCCCUCCCCGCUCCCCCCCCGACCGCGGCACAGCACCAUGUCGGCGCCGGCGGCCAAAGUCAGUAAAAAGGAGCUCAACUCCAACCACGACGGGGCCGACGAGACCUCAGAAAAAGAACAGCAAGAAGCAAUUGAACAUAUUGAUGAAGUACAAAAUGAAAUAGACAGACUUAAUGAACAAGCCAGUGAGGAGAUCUUGAAAGUAGAACAGAAAUAUAAUAAACUCCGCCAACCAUUUUUUCAGAAGAGGUCAGAAUUGAUCGCCAAAAUCCCAAAUUUUUGGGUAACAACAUUCGUCAACCAUCCGCAAGUGUCUGCACUGCUUGGGGAGGAAGAUGAAGAGGCGCUGCAUUAUUUGACCAGAGUUGAAGUGACAGAAUUUGAAGAUAUUAAAUCAGGUUACAGAAUAGAUUUUUAUUUUGAUGAAAAUCCUUAUUUCGAAAAUAAAGUUCUUUCCAAAGAAUUUCAUCUGAAUGAGAGUGGUGAUCCAUCUUCAAAGUCCACUGAAAUCAAAUGGAAAUCUGGAAAGGAUUUGACGAAACGUUCAAGUCAAACACAGAAUAAAGCCAGCAGGAAGAGGCAGCAUGAGGAACCAGAGAGCUUCUUUACCUGGUUUACUGACCAUUCUGAUGCAGGUGCAGAUGAGUUAGGAGAAGUCAUCAAAGAUGAUAUUUGGCCAAAUCCGUUACAGUACUACUUGGUUCCUGAUAUGGAUGAUGAAGAAGGGGAAGGAGAAGAAGAUGAUGAUGAUGAUGAAGAAGAAGAAGGAUUGGAAGAUAUUGAUGAAGAAGGGGAUGAGGAUGAAGGUGAAGAAGAUGAAGAUGAUGAUGAAGGGGAGGAAGGAGAGGAGGAUGAAGGAGAAGAUGACUAAUAGAACACUGAUGGAUUCCAACCUUCCUUUUUUUUUUUUUUUUUUUUUUUAAAUUUUCUCCAGUCUCUGGGAGCAAGUUGCAGUCCCUUUUUUCCCCCCCAUUUUUCCCCCCUCUUGUGCUCAGUCGCCCUGUUCUUGAGGUCUCUUUUCUCUACACCAUGGUUCUCAACUUGCUGGGGGGAAAUGCCUUGAGCAGAAUACAAUGGGAAAAGAAUCUCUACCCCUUUAUGUUCCAAAUUCAUUUUUAUCCCUUCCUGUCUCCACAAAAACUGUAUGGAAUCACCACCACCGUGCUCUGUGGGAAAAAAGAAAAACCUUCUGCUCCCUUCGCUCUGCUGGAAGCUGGAGGGUGCUAGGCCCCUGUGUAGUAGUGCAUAGAAUUCUAGCUUUUUUCCUCCUUUCUCUGUAUAUUGGGCUCAGAGAUUACACUGUGUCUCUAUGUGAAUAUGGACAGUUAGCAUUUACCAACAUGUAUCUGUCUACUUUCUCUUGUUUAAAAAAACAAAAAAAAAAAAUUUAAAAAAAUGGGGUUAUAGAAGGUCAGCAAAGGGUGGGUUUGAGAUGUUUGGGUGGGUUAAGUGGGCAUUUUGACAACAUGGCUUCUCCUUUGGCAUGUUUAAUUGUGAUGUUUAACGGACAUCCUUGCAGCUUAAGAUGACACUUUUAAAAUAAAAUUCUCUCCUAAUGAUGACUUGAGCCCUUCCACUCAAUGGGAGAAUCAGCAGAACCUGUAGGAUCUUAUUUGGAAUUGACAUUCUCUAUUGUAAUUUUGUUCUGUUUAUUUUUAAAUUUUCUUUUUGUUUCACUGGAAAGGAAAAGAUGAUGCUCAGUUUUAAACGUUAAAAGUGUACAAGUUGCUUUGUUACAAUAAAACUAAAUGUGUACACAAAGGAUUUGAUGCUUUUCUCUCAGAAUAGAUAAUAUGACCUUUCAAGGUUGAUUUGUGUAACGUCAUCAUCAAACUUUGUCACCCUAACUUUGUGUUUUUUGAUAUGCACUUUGCAGGAUGACCUCAGGAUUAUGUGGAUUGAGUAAAGGGAUCUGAAUCAUGUAUUAAUGUCUCCAUAGAAAUAACUACAUCGUUUGGGAAACCAGAUUGCUCAAAACUGAGUUCUAAAUUCUUGUUCUGUUGACUUAUCUCAAAUUGGCAAAUUUUAAAAUGGGUCUUUACUUGGAUAUAAUAAUAGUGCCUGCCACCACCAUCAAAUAGACCUGGUGCUCUAAUGCCAAGUUAUAUAUGGGACAGUUGCUGGCAUGUGUUCAUUGGCACUAUAAAAUGUAGCCAAGCAGGUAGGCUUUCAGAUUAAGACCUUGGUUAGGAGUACUUUUUUUGUCUAGCAUAAAGCUUUCUUAAACGUAAUUGUUGGUGAAUCUGGGUGGGAUGAUGGACUCUUGUCUGCUCAAUGCCGUUGUGCAGAGAAGCUACCUAAAUGCAUAAGCUUUUUAAUGCUGUAAAAUACAGUAACAAAUGCCACUUUUUCAGAGGUGGAUUAAUGGACAGUCUGGUCAAAUUAAAAGCUUUUUGAUGUAUAAAACUUUAUAAAUGGAACUAUUCCAUCAAUAGGUGAAGUGUAACAAAAACCUGUCUCGAUGGAUAGUAUGUAAUUUCUGCACAGGUCUCUGUUUAGUAAAUACAUCACUGUAUACUGGUCAGGAAUCUUGCUCCAAUAAAGGAACAUAAAGAUUU